AUGGCAGGGAUGGAAAGUGCGCUGGCUGCCAGUACGGGAAGCCUCAAGGCUACUGGCAAAGCCAAAAGCACAACCCUUGAUGGUUCAAGGGGUGUUCCGUUGAUGAUGAAUGCAGCGCCCAAAACGCCAGGAGGACGUGCCUCAAAGCAGACGCCCAUCAUCCCAUCAAAGGACGUUUCGCCGGAGCAGCUGCAACUCUUUGUCUUCCCCUCCAGCCUUGAGCAUCCAGAGUCGACCGGCCGGCUUGAGCUGUUUGCGUACUAUGGGCCCGUGGAUGAGGCCGGCAAACUCCGGGGUGGAAUUGGAGGUUCGCACGUCCACACGGACCUUGAGAUCCGGCAGAUGAUUCAUCAUGAGACACGUGAGAUGCUGUUCACCCUCUUCAAGAAGCCGAGAGAGACCGUCGAGGUCAUUGUGGACAGCUUGAUGCCUGCGGCGAUGGCAUACAAUUACACGUGGAGUGAGGUCAAGCAUCUUCUAAAGCCUUGCUUCAAUGAGAUGGGGAGCAAUGGCGGGAAGCUGAACUUCGCGCACAUGCAAAAGAUCAUUCUGCAGAGUCAGAAGGAGCGGUUGCAGGCGCUUCUUAAGGACAAGAACAUCGCCAUGAAGGAGCGAGGACCGAGGGUUCCUUUUCAAUCAAAGCCCCAGCACGCCCUCCUCGCCCCGAUUGCCAAGAAGCAGUUGAACUCCUGCGAGGAGCAGCAUUGGAGGCGAACGCGGUUGCAGAGAUUCUGCACCAACUUGGCUGAAAUGGAGGACCAAAACCUUCAAGAUCAGCUGGUCUCUAACGUCAUACUUUGCCGAAAUCCUGGCGACGUAGAAGACAGGUGGGACCGCUAUUGUGCCGUCAGACGUGUGGGCAAAGCCACUUACGUAAAGGCUCGAAACCAGCCCCUCACCGGCUAUGCUUCCAUGGACGAUGGCUUGGCUGACAAGCAUCCAGGAGUCUCAUCCCUCAUCUCUGCGGGUUACUCCAAGGGACCUGUUCUGUGA